AUGAAGCACGACAUCCAGACAGAACUGGUAUUCCGGAAGCGCACCAAGAACCGCCAUCAGAUAGUCGACCUCACUACAAUGACCCCCGAGGAAUACGCCCCGAUCGAGCAAACAAAGCAGGAAAAGCAUUCCGUGCUAGUUCACGAUAUCAGGGGCGAGGAAUACAAGUAUACGCUCGAUACAAAUGGAUUCCAAUACAUCCGUGACGAGGUCCUCGAGCUGAGGGGAUGUUCUGACGACGAAGAGAUAAAGAAGAUUCUGCUUCCGGAAACAGAACAUCUAGUUCAAAAGAUAACCGGCGCCAGCCGAACAAUCACAUUCGCCAAUCGCAUCCGCUGUUUCUCCACGGAUGAAAAUCAAAUGGCAGCGAGCCAGGCACCGGCCCGAAGUGUGCAUUCUGAUUUCUCUGUCGCUGGGGCAUGGCAUCUGCUGGAAAGCGUGAUCACGGAUCCGACGGAACUUGCAACCCUAAAGAAAGGUCGAGUCUUGGUGAUUAAUGUGUGGCGUCCGUUGAAGACCAUUCGGAAAGAUCCUUUGGCGGUGUGUGAUUGGUCGUCGGUCGAUCUACAGAAUGAUUGGAUUUCUACCCGGAUGGUUUUCCCACAUGGAUGGAACGAGCUCGGAAAUCUUUGUUAUGGGGAGCAGCAGAAGUGGUGUUAUCUUAGUGGGCAGACGCCGGAGGAGCCGUUGGUUUUUAAGCAGUUUGAUAGUGCGGAGAGUGGGAAUGGGGGGAUGAUGGUGCCGCAUACUGCGUUUGAGGAUGGGGAUACUGUUGGGUGUGAGCCGAGGGUGAGUAUUGAGAUUAAGAUGUUUGCUUUUGUUCCGGAGAGGGGGUGAUUGUACUUGUGUUUGGGUUAUGGUUUUUGGUAGUUGGGAUAGAUUUGGUUCAGAG